GCGGGCGGCUACAAAGCGACGCGGUCAUGCUCCGCACGCUGAGCGGCCUGGGCUCGUUGCCCCCGUGCCGGGCUCCGGCCCUGCUACUGCUGCCCGCGCGCGGCCGCAAGACCCGCCACGAUCCUCCCGCCAAGUCUAAGGUCGGGCGCGUGAAGACUCCGCCCGCGGUGGAUCCUGCGGAAUUCUUCGUGCUGGCGGAGCGUUACCGGCAGUAUCGCCAGACUGUGCGCGCCCUCAGGCUGGAGUUCGUGUCGGAGGUGCGGAAGAAGGUGCACGAGGCCCGAGCCGGGGUCCUGGCGGAGCGCAAGGCGCAGGAGGAUGCCGCCGAGCACCGGGAGCUGAUGGCCUGGAACCAGGCGGAGAACCAGAGGCUGCACGAGUUGCGGUUAGCGAGACUGCGGCUGGAGGCGCGGGAGCAGGAGCAGCGGCAGGCCGAGGAACGGGCCCGCCGCACCCGAGAAGAGCAGGCUUGGAUGCAGCUCAAGGAGCAAGAGGUGCUACAGCUGCAGGAGGAGGCUAAAAAUUUCAUCACCCAAGAGAAUCUGGAGGCCCGGAUAGAAGAAGCUUUGGACUCUCCAAAGGACUACAACUGGGCCAUCACCAAAGAGGGUCUGGUGGUCAGACCUCAGCACAGGGGCUCCUAGUGGGCCAAUAAGGACAGUUCCUAUCAGGGACAGAGUAUGUAUGGGGGUAGGAGGGCUGGGCCUGAUCUAGAAUGAAGCAGUUGUGUUUCCAAGGAGGAAGGCUUUUAGACUUUUCCAGGACCACCCUCACAUCUGGCCUCUGCACCCACCACUUGGUCAGAAAUUCUCAACCACAGUAACCUGUUCUUCCUCAAGUACAACCUCAGGACUGUACCAGACUGUUGAAUGUUUUCCAUUUCACAGAGGGUUGGACUGGGUGACAGUUCUCUUGGGCAGCCAGACCAUCUCCUAACAUCAAGGACAGUAGUUGGCAAGUUACAGUCCUUGAGCCAAGUGUGGCCUCCUGCCUGUAAAUAAAGUGUUAUUGGAACACAA